CUGAGGAGACCUCCCUCCGGGGGUAUCACGGUUUGCUUUGUCUUCAAGCCGCGUUUAGGCUUAGCGAGGACCCAGGCUCUAAAAAAAUGCUCAGUCGACUGAGCACCCAGGCACUAUACUGCCAGGGCAAUAUACCGUAUAUUAUCACCUGUCAGCUGCUAAAGAAAGCAGAAAUAAUUGGUUCCGGAAGACGAGGAGUGGUGUUUUCGUUGCGUCUUGUACUGUCGUUCAGUUGAUAGUUUUGUGGAACACUGUUGGAGAAGGAAGCGAGCACGACGCUCCUCACCUGUCGUUGGAGUCCGUGAAAGAGCGGUUGCAGCUUGAGUCCUGCACAUAUUCUCAUGCUCAACCGAUGUGGCAAUGACAGGAAAUUUCUAACUCAGCCACACAUCUGAGAGGCAGCAGCCACCGCCCAGCACAACAGCAGUAACCAAAGCAGCAGAGAGCCAACACUGGUUAGGUUUUAGUGGACCUUCUCCAUGGACAGCACACCGAACAGGAUUUUCAACAGGCAAUUCACUACGGAUGGUUUUGCUGAUUUCUCAUCCGGGCCGCCGAUCACAGACACAGAACCAAUGCAGACCCUGCCUCCGCCACAACGUAGGCCUGUAACUGCUAGUGCCUUUGCUGGACCAAUGGUGAUAAACACUGGUGAUACCACUCCAGGGUUGGACAGCUCCAUGAACCUGGAGCUUCUCCCAACGCAAAAUGCGUAUUCGCGACUAUCCCAAGCACAGACCACUUCAACACCGAAGCUGCUCAGCCCACAAUCACCUCAAACUCAGCAAGAAACCCUGGUCUCUACUCCGUAUUCGGCUCAGCAAGGAAACUUGACCCAUGGCUUCUCUGUGCCUCAUGCAUCACAGCGAUCCAGAGCUUUGAGCCAGGACUCUACACCAAGUGGCGGCAGUGCCAGUGGCAUGUCACCACUGGACGAAACCCCUCGUACUCAUUUCCAAGCUUGGGGAGGCCAGUUUUCCAUGUCUGCUCCUGAGCCACGUCCAGCUUUUAUCCACGGUCAUGACAUGGGAGCGUACAUGCCCAAUAUGCGGCCGCCGAUUGCCAGCGAUUCGUUAUACGCGCUGCACGCUCUUCACUCGCCAAUGAGGUCUGAUCCGGCCAGAUAUAGCACGCCACGGCAGGCAUUGAACCUCCAUAGUCAAUCGGCCAUCAGUAACAGCGGGACUGGUGCAGCUGGCAAUGCACGGCGGACAAGUACUAGGGCAGGUGAGCCGCAGGAGCAGUUCCACCUGCGCAAGCAGCGCAAGGACAGGAAGCCACGCACACCAUUCUCCCCAGAGCAGCUCAAGCACCUGGAAAACGUGUUCAAGAAACAGAAGUACAUCACGAUUGAAGACCGCAGCCAGAUAGCGACGGAACUAGGCCUAUUAGAAUCUCAGGUGAAGAUCUGGUUUCAGAACCGUCGCGCUAAAUCCAAGCGUAUGCAGGAACAAGAAAUGGCAAGCAGCCGAGUACUUGGCGUAAGUCCGACGCAAGCACCAACCAACAGUUCCCUUAGCUCUGUGAAUGGAGUAAGUUCAGCCGCUGCCGGUUCAGCAACAGGUCCAGUCGCAGCAGCCACGGCGGCAACGAACGCAAUGGGACAAGGCAAUCCGGCGCUGAACGUCCUUCAUCCUAGCGGUCAGUUUGGCGGCUUGCCUGGCAUGCACCCAGCCUCCACUAUUGCUUCCGGUACUCCAAGUAGCAAUGUUGCCGUGAACGUUUCAGUCUAUCACCAGUGGAGUGGUCACUCCGCGCCACCACCAAACCAACAACAACAUCCAGGCGGAAUGUUGCCAGCCAGCAACCUAACACCGACUAUACUCAGCCCAUCGUUGAUGCAAACAGCAGCACAAGCCUUACCACCACAGCCUGCCGUUAGCAAUGUGUACAGUACACAGCAAGCCGUGGCUCAGCCUGCUGUCAAUGGUGGUUACAGUUCACAAACCUUCGCACAACCUGCCGGUGGUAGCAUGUACAGUUCACCAACCUGAGGACAAGGUGCAAAUACUGGUCAGCGUACAGUGGCCUGUUAGAAUCCCAGGUGAAGAUUUGGUUUCAGAAAUGCAGAACUUCCCAAAACAGCAUGCUAGACGGAAUUAUUGAGAUUUGACAAUUGGCAUCAUUGUCCGCAUCUUGAGACAAUAGGAAUUUCUCCCUGCAUGCAUCCGAUGUCCCAAAACUGCACUCACUCACACAUUCCUACAUACCCAUAUGCCCCCCCCCCCCCUCCCCUCCUACACAUACAUACACACUGCUUUUGUCUUGCAUCAUUAUCACAGGAGUGAUUAUCAUACCGCUGACAAUCUGACAUUGUUUGUAGGAAUUUUUAUUCGGACCCUAGUGAAUCUGCCCAUUCAUGUCUUCCCUUGAAGGCUUUGGGUAAACUUGUUGAGCAUACAGUAGUUACUUGUUGAGAGACCUAACUGCAAACAAGCUAAAUAUGGAA